CCGCAGCCGCCGCGGCGGCGGCGCCGCUUCGCAGCCAGAGGCCGCCGAGAAGGAGGACGAGUCCUGGAGCGCCUGGACCGCGACUGGGAAGCGGCCGGCGGCGGGGGACGAGGCCGCCGAGGAGGGCGAGUCCCGGGGCCCCUGGAUCGCAGCCGGGAAGCGGCCGGUGGCGGAGGCCGAGGCCGCCGAGGAGGACGAGUUCUGGUGCGCCUGGACCGAGGCCGCUGAGGAGAACCAGUCCUGGGGCGCCGGGACAGCGGCCGGGAAGCGGCCGGCGGCGGAGGAGACCGCCGAGGAGAACGACUCCUGGGGCGCCUGGACCGCGGCCGGGAAGCGGCCAGCGGCGGAGGAGGCCGCAGAGGAUGACGACUCCUGGGGCGCCUGGACCGCGGCCGGGAAGCGGCCGGCGGCGGAGGCCGAGGCAGCCGAGGCCGAGUCUCGGGGCACCUGGGGCCCGACUGGGAAGCAGCGCGCGGCCGAGACCAAGGCCGUUAAGACCAAGGCCGCAGAGGCCAAGGCCGCCGCCAAGGCCGGCGCUAAGGCCGGCGCCAAAGGCAGCCCGCAGACCGAAGCCGUCCUGAGAGGCAGCCCGCAGACCAAAGCCGCCCCACGGGGCGCCGAGGAGGACGAGUCCUGGGGCGCCGGGACCGCGGCCGGGAAGCGGCCGGCGGUGGAGAAGACCGCCGAGGAGGACGACUCCUGGGGCGCCUGGACCGCGGCUGGGAAGCGGCCGACAGCGGAGGCCGAGGCAGCCGAAGCCGAGUCCUGGGGCGCCUGGAGCCCGACUAGGAAGCGGAUUGGGAAGGCCAAGGCCAAGGCCGCAGAGACCAAGGCAGCCGCCAAGGCCGCCGCCAAGGCCGCCGUCCUGAGAAGCGGCCCGCAGGCCAAGGCCGCCCCACGAUGCGCCUGGGGCCCGGCUGGGGAGCGGCGUGCGGAAGAGACCAAGGCCGCCGCCAAGGCCGCCGUCCUGGGAAGCGGCUUACAAGCCAAGACCGCCCCAUGA